GUCAAAACAAACUCUGAAACGCACACAAACCCAAACACACUGUGUGCGAGUGAACUAAACACACACAAACACUCCCCCGUGCACCCCGAGUGCUCAUGGAGAGAUUCCCUCCUAAAUUCAGCAGGACGUUAGUGACGCCUGAGCCACAUUAUAUCCCGGGGUAUACAGGUUACUGUCCACAGCUGAAAUAUCACAUGGGAGAGACGUACGGUAAGCUGACGGCAAAGCUCCUGACCUCUCCAGAGAUUUCUUGCUCUCAGAGGCCGGUUCUGCACUCGGGACGUUUUCCCUCCAUACAGAGGGACAUGGGAGUUGAUACAUGUAGGAGACAGACAGGAUUGGGCAUACGGCUGGACAGUAUGAUCCCCGGAUAUACAGGUUUUGUUCCUAGAAGUCAGAACUACUUUGCAAAGACCUACACAGAGACGUGUCGAGAGGCUCUCAGUGAGUUUGAGUCGAAUGAGAAGAGGAAAGUCCAGCUAACAUCAGCUGAUCUGCCGCCUGCAGUCAGUUACACAAUGCCAGACUUCAAGCCACGGAGCCUCAUCACCCCUUUAACAGCCGUCUCUAAGGAAGCUGCUCCUUACAAACCUGUGGACCCUUGGAAGCCUCUUGGAUCCCCUUAUUUCAUGGAUGACAACAGUCUGCACAAGUACUUUAUUUCAGGGUUUACCGGUUAUGUCCCUAAAGCUCGAUUCCUGAUAGGAACCAGCUAUCCUAUUACCACCAACAAGGCUCUGAUCCAGUUCAGUAAGGAGAUGAAGGUGGGUCACAGCAUGAGGGAGGGGGACAACAGUCUGCCCUCAGCAGCCACCAUCUACCCCACUCACCGCGGCCUUCUGCCCUCCUAUACAGGCCAUGUUCCAGGUUACAAAUUUGGGUAUGGCCAGACGUUUGGACAGCUGACCAAGAAUGCUCUGGCACACAGCGGUGCCAGCAGAGAGAUGAAGAGCGAGUGAUGGAUUUUGGGAUUUUUAGUUGGUCCCCACCAGCUAAACAGUUAAACAUCUAAUUGAAAUUAAAGCAAUUGGGCUAAAAUGCAA